AUGAUUGAAAAUAUUAUUCCGCGUUCUUCAUUGUGGAUAAUUUUGUUAUCUUUAUACUUGUGCUCAUGUAAAUGUCCUCUUUCCGGCGAUGACAAAGUAGUUGAUUAUAAUAAGAUGGUUGGAGAAUGGUAUGUAGUAGCUGCUUCACCUGUAAGGGAUAAAGUCGGAAAGUGUUUACAUUUCAACGUCGUAAUGAACGGAACUGAUUCAUUUGCGAUGAAUUUCACUACUACUAGUCCGAUAAGCAAUGGACGGCUUUUAUGGAGGAUUAAUGGUAAACAAUCAGAAAAUGAAACCAUUGCGACAUGGCAACUUAAUGGAUCACCUAGAGUACUAGGUAAUAUAAUUCCAUUAUAGGUUUCUAUAAUAUUGCAUGUUUUAAUGCAGAUAAGGAUAGAUAGUCGAAAUAGUCCAUUUCUUCACAAAAUGUUGGUGGUGAAUUACACACAGUUCUGCGCGAUGAUAGUUUGUACGGGACCUAAGUCUCCAAUGUACAGAAACUCAUUUGGGAUGAUUUGGUCUCGACAAAAAUAUUUACCAACCAAUGACUUAAUAUAUCUUAAAGAUGAAAUAGCGAAAUACGUCAAUAAGCAAGAAAUUGUUGAUGUUAACAAUACAUGCUCAGGAAUAUCGUUUUAA